UACUAAAACAAAACUGGUUGAAGUUAACAGUAAUCACUAAUCAUUAAUCACCUACAGUUUUGUUUAUAAUUUUGUGUGUCAUGUUUAUCAAGUGAUUUUAUUAAAAAUUGUGUAAUUUCAGUGAAUCAAUUAAAAGUAAAAGAAACAGUUUACUUGCAAUUUACUGGACAACAUUGAGAUUAUUUUUCACCAACAACAACAACAACACCAGAUUAUUACAAGAACCAUUUCAACUUUAUGGACAUUUAUUGAUUUUCAUUCUUGUAAAAGUAACAAUUUUUAUUUCUCUCAUUCUUUUGGCUCUUCAAUUGUCAUCAAUACAAUUAUUGGUUAUCAGUAACAUUCUCAUUAAUCACCAAUUAAGAAACCAAAACAAAGGAAUCAAUUAAAAGUUUUUUUUGUUCCUUUUCUCUGUCUGUUUACUCUUGAAGCCUAAUUUGUUUUUCUUUCCUGUAUGUAUACAAGGUUUGUUUCUGGUAACAAAUUAAUUUGGAGGAAUCAAAAAACAAUCAAUAAACGGAGACUUGUUCAAGCCUCCAAAUGAUGACAACCCCAUCAACUCUUGUUGAAACUGUUUCAAUCGACUAUGAGGAUUUUACCGAAGGAUUUUUGACUUGUGGAACUUGUCUGAAUACUUAUGAUAGUGGUCAACAUGCCCCUAAAUUGCUAACAUGUAGUCACACUUUAUGUAAAUUGUGCUUGGAAUCAAUUUGCAAUCAACCUGGAGUUCCCGAGAAUGGAGCCUUUAGGUGUCCCAUUUGUCGUGAGCUGAUACAUUUACCACAAGGAGAGGGUUCUAUUAAUUUUCCUCCUUCCUUUAUGGUUAAUCAGCUGCUUGAUCUUGUUAGUCGUCAACGAAGAGAUGUCAUUCCCAAAUGCAUCCGCCAUGUCACCCAAGAGCUUUUAUUCUGUGAAACAUGUGACAAAGUUUUCUGUUUACUUUGUGAUGAUGGUUCAUCUCAUUCAACGAUUAAUUGUAAACAUACCGUUAUACCUUUCGCAGUCGCAAUCAAACGCCUGUCAGAGAUAUUGAUGUACAAAGGACAACAAUGCAUUGCCAAAUAUAAUGAAGCCCAUAAGAAUGUAACUAAAGAGAUACUUAUGCUUGAGCAGAAUGCCGGAGAAACUGCUUCGAUUAUCAAACAAACCUUUAAAGACAUGAUGGAUCUGGUAAAUAAACGAUGUCAAGAGGUUCUUUCGGUCGCAAACAAGAUGAAGGAGGAUAAACUUAAUAUUCUUAUGAACCAGAUGAAGCUUAUUGAAGAAGGAAAGUCCGAGAUUGUCACCGACUGUGAGAAUUAUGAACAGCGAGUUGAACUUCGCCAUAUAACUCGAAAAAUUGAGGAACUUCAUGAGAAGAUUGAUAAAAUUAAUGUUCUCCUUGAACCAAGAGAAAACUGUUUCAUUCGCUAUGAGCAUCCAGUCGAUUCUACCCUUCAAUCUAUUCAGACAGCAAUUUGUAACUUUGGAACAGUUCGUUCAAGCAGCACAUUUCCACCCCUCUGUGAGGCAAAUAUCGAUAAAUGUUUCGCCAAGUUAAGGUCAGUUGUGAACAUACUCACUUACGAUUAUGCUGGAUCUCGUCAAAAGUAUGGUGGUGAUCCUGUCACUGCAGAACUAAGUUAUCUCCCUGACGGAACUGAAAUUGCGGUUCGAGUUGUUGACAAAUGUGAUGGUACUUACGAGGCUCAUUUCAUUGCUCCAAAAAGUGGAAAAUAUUCUUUCCUUGCUUCGAUUUUCGGACGUCCAAUCAAAACUUAUCCACUGGAGUUUGAAGCAGUUUCACAGAUCAAUCCUGUCUGCAUUUAUGGAGCUCGAGGAAGUGAUCAGCACAGUUUCCUUCAGCCAGUUGCAAUCUCCAUAAGUGAAAUUGACAAUCAAAUCUACGUUCUUGAUACGGGCAACAGUAGACUUAAAAUUUUAUCUCAAAAUGAUUGCAACAAUUCACCCUUCACCUUUGUAUCUCACAUUGAGGGCUUGGAUCGUGCAGUUACGGGCAUGGCGCUUGUUCCGGGACUGAAUACCAUCUUGAUCAGCAACUGGGCUUCUAAGACGAUUAGUGAAAUUAAUGAGAAUGGCAAAGUUUUACGCUAUUUUAGUCACCGUGAACUCCGUGAGCCAACUCACUUAUGUGUAAAUAGUAAACGAGAGAUUAUUGUUGCCGAUAACGGAGCCCAAACAAUAUUUGUAUUUCAUCCUUGUGGUAAAAUACGUCGACGAUUAGCUUUGAGUCAACAUGAAAUCAAAAAUUCAUCGUCAAUCCUUGGAUCUACCAAGACGAGUUUCGGUGUCAUUGGAGCUGUUACGGUUGGACCAGAUGAUGAAAUAGUUGUAGCAGAUUCAAGGAUAAGGAUUUUCACCAGCGAUGGUUCAACAUUGAUUCGUGAAAUCGUCACUGAUUCCUGUCUCAAAGGGGACUCUUACGGUGGACUUUGCUACGAUAAGAAAGGUCAACUCUUGGCCACGAAAUCUGAGAGAGGAAAGGUUUACGUGCAAAUAUUUGAUUACUAUUCAGGCCAAUUAAAAUUUACAAUCGAUAGUGUGGACGCUAAACUUAAAAGAGCAAGUGAUCUUGCAACAACUGACGAUUAUCAUGUUAUCGUUGUGGAUCUUGGCAAUGAUUGUAUCAAAAAGUAUCGAUAUUAUUAAUCAACAAAUCGAAGCAAUUAACUCUCCUGUUAUUUAACAGGAUUAACAAGAAUACACCAACAGAUGAAUUAACGAAACUUGAUUGUCUGUACAUUGGCCAAUAUCAUUUCCAAAAAUCAUCUUCAUCUUUCAGCACUAAUCUCAUUUUUAAAUAACACCAUAGACAACAAAAAGUACUUCAAAAUCAUGAUUGUAUAGAAAAGCUUAAUUGUAACAAUAAAAUUUAUAUGCUUAACAUUAACAA